AUGAGUGCAAUGAGUGCAACCGGGCAACAGGUUGUCGCUACCGACGCCAACGGCACAAGUCCUAGGCCGGACCCAGACUAUGAAGACGAGGUCGUUGCAGAAUCCCCAGCAUCUGAAGUUUCCGAAGAAGAAUAUGAAACAGAUGAGGGUAUUAAUAAACGGCGGAAGAAGACGGGAAGGAACCCAGAUCGGCCACAAAAGCCAGACCAACCAAAUACCCAAACGUAUUCACGCGGCCUGCUAAAGCCGUCUAAUCAUUCCUCUAAGACUCUUCAACUGAGACUAACGUUCGGAUCUGGGGACCAAGAUAUACUACCCAUAAUACAUACUAGAGACUGUUGGUCAGGAGAUUUAGACUUGACUUUUCCAAGCAGAGAAAGCCUUCAGAGGUGCAUUGGCUGGAAUCCGCGUGGGAGUAAGGACAUAUUUGGUGUUGACAGGGACAUGAAUAUCCGCGAGACUACUACUGGAUGGGAUUGGUUUUAUAAUGAUAUAGGAUCUCGAUUUCGUGGGAAGCAGCAAAUGUCAACUAUCACCGAAAGUGUCGCCAAUACCUAUCUGCCCAGCCACGAUAUACCGAAGACAACUGUGUUGAUCGGCCCAUCAGAUGCUCAAACUGCAUACUUGAUAGGACGUGGUCAAUCAUUUGAUUUCUCUUCAGCAUGGCCUUCUACAGAAUCCAUUGCCUUAAAACAGGAAGUGGAAGAAGCAUCCAGCCUACAGGCAAAUGAAGGAAGUACAUCUGUGCCCAACCAGGUUAAAGUAAGGGAAGGGUGGAUUGUGAACCUCGGAAAUAGAAUUCAAUGCCUCAGUUGGGCCCCCAAUUUCAACGGAAGCUCCCAAUACCUAGCCAUUGUAGCUCCCAUCUUUGACUACCAGAAGGCACAGUUUGAUGACGGAACUAUCAAAGGUGCCCCUGCGUUCACACCAUCGCCACCGUAUCCUUCUGCAAUCCAGAUCUGGAGAUUUGAAGCCAGGGAGUCAGGUGCUAGACUCCGCAGGCUGAACAUGGACAAAAACCCGGCCUUGCAUAUGGUCAUCUGCACCGAGUUUGGCACUAUAAACCGCCUUUGCUGGUGCCCUAUUUCCGUGAACCGUGAUUCGAACGAUGAAAUUGAUAGUAAGACCACGAAACCGGCCCUCUUGGCAGGGCUUUGGAGUGACGGGACAGUCAAGGUUUUUAACGUGGAUUUAAGUAACAGCGAUAAUGAAACAAAGUACGUUCGCCUGAUAAGCCCUGCUUUUCAAGUUAGGCCUCCAUCGACGAUUUGUACUUGUUUCGCCUGGCUUUCACCUACAGAUAUAGCUAUCGGGUGUGCAAACGGGUUUAUUGGAUUAUGGAGCUUGGUCCAGUCAACCAGAAGCGAAUCGUCCCUCAAUCCCGAACCAUAUCUAUAUGUCCCUAUCCACGACACCUACGUACUCAACAUUGUUUCAGCUUACCCAACUUACCCCUACAUUAUCGCAGCAACGUCAAUGGGUGGUCAGACGCGGCUAGUCUCCCUCAUAGAUCCAGCAGCAGAAGUGGCUGAUGCCCUCCGGUUGAGGGUAGGGACUCAAUGUCUCAUUUACUCCCCUUUCUUGCGUUCUUUUAUUACCAACGAUGAGGGAGAUUUUGUUCGCCUUCUUCCUCUCCGCCGCUUCUUUUCAAGCCUUGCCGCGCUUAAAUCUAGGAGUAUUAUUACCUCAUUAGCAACUGCGAGUUUACACCAUCCAUGCAUUCUCGCAGGAAAUGCAAGCGGAGCAGUGAUGGGAAACAACCCCCUCCGAAAGCUAAUUCAUUCAAAGGAAAAACAGUGGCAGCAGACAUGGUUUUCGCAGGAGUGGAUUAACGGGGAGAAUAACAGCAUCACGCCGGGGCCAGUGGUUAAAUUCUACGAUGGUUUCAAGGCAGAGACAAUCAGCCUAGCGAAAGGUUCAUCGGGACAAGACAAGGAAACAGGCCAGGUGGGCAUGAUGACUGUAUAUGAAGAACAAACUGCCAUCACAGCUAUUGCCUGGAAUUCAAACGAAUCAUGUGCUGGGUGGGCAUGUGCCGGUAUGGGGAGCGGUUUGCUCCGUGUGGAAGAUUUGGCGCAUGAAUAG